AUGAGUUAUUACAAUUAUUUGAAAAAAAAAAGUCAGCAUAAUGGUGAUGAUAAUGAUGAUGAAAGAUAUGAUCAUGUGGAAAUGGUACCAGGGGAGAGUUGCAAUCAUGGAAAUGGGGGCGUUCCAAAUGGUCUAUAUUAUGCCGAUGGCCUCCACGGCCCGCAUACCCGUUACCACGUCAACAUGAAGAAGGUCAGGAAAGAGCAAUGUUCGCCCCUUGAAGGCAGAAGGAGGAGAAGAUUUAGAAAAAAAAUUGCCGAGAAUUACAUACUUAAGAAUCAAAUAAAUGAAACGAUUUUAACCAACAUAAAAAAUAUAUUCGAGAAAAUGGUAAGCAUAGAGCGGCUGACAAACAUGGAUAAUUAUAGAAGUAUGAAAAAUAAAAUUGAACGGUAUGACCAUGUGCAUCAGAAAGGAAGAGCAAAUGGGACGAUCCGUCUGCAUACUAGGAGUCCUUCGCCCAGGGAGCAAGAUCUAUUUUGCACCCCUAAGACCCCAAAUGGAAGGAGUAGCACAUUGUAUGACGAUGAGGAGCAUAACGAUGUGUUCAAAUCUGUUUGCGAGGCCGCUCCAGACAGCCACUGCAGUGGUAGGAACAGCUGCGAAUAUAGCCACAGGGCGAGCACACAUGGGAGUAGUAACUCAUAUGAUCCCAAUUUAUAUGAAGACGAGAAUUACCCUUAUUCCGUCAGUAAUAUCCGCGGCCGUCCGAUUCGCUUGAAAAGUGUCAACCGCAAGAUACCCCAAUGGGGUGAUAAUAUGAGAAACUGGGAGGAGCUCAAAUGCCAAUAUGCAAAUGGAUGGCUUUGUCGUCCUCCCUCGUAUGGUGUUUCUCCCCCAGGUAAAACCGGGACUAUUUUGAAAAGGAUGCUGAGGGAAGAAGUUAACAGUGAGUCAUUUAAAGGGGGCAUCCUCAAUAGCGAAAUGAGGAACACGUACGAAAACAUAAUUGUAAGUAAUAACGGUUAUGUGGACCCCCCGAGUGAUCAUCCCACUAAGGGGGAACCAUACCAUUUCGAUACAGCCCAAGCAAAGCACCCAUCUGUGGGGGUAGAAAAGAAGGCGAAAUUGAUUAUGUGUAAAAAGGAGGAAGAGGUUACCUCCCUCUUUAGCAAUCAAAAAGGACACCGACCCACCGGUAUUGAAACGGUGCCAAAGGAAAACGAUAUAAUAAUUGUAAAAGAUGAGCAGUUCAACAACCGUAUGAAUAUUUUCCCCUGGAGUAACAAUUUGGAGAAUAAAAAUAUUCUAUUUCCGUAUCAACAGAAAGGACACUUAAGCAGCAACCAAAUUAAUCUAACAAAAUAUGAAAGAGAUAAAUAUUUCUAUGGCCAGUACAAAUAUGAUGAGGCGAUAUAUAUUUAUGACUUGAUAGUUCUGGACACCUCUGGAUUUUUAUACAAAGUUGCCACCGAUGGGACAUACUACUGGAAACAUAAGGUAGUGGAAAAUAUCCAAGGCUACAUAAACUUUGAUCAGGACAAGAAGGGGAGGAGUGCAUACAAGUCGAUUAGGAAUGGAGCGAGGUAUGAUCUGCCGUUUAAAAAUAUUCUAGCAAAAAAUAAACACAGCACAAAUCAUAAUUUAAAACGGAGAGCAAUGAAGAAGCUACAUUACAACAAUUUUUUCGAUCUGAGAAAAAUAAAUUUAUCCCGAAAUGACGAAUUUAAAGAGGACGAGAAAUUUAUGAAAGAUGGCACCAGACGCAGUAGGAAGAAAAAAAAUUACCAGGAGGAAAAAUUGAAGAGAAAUAAAAAUAUAACAAAAAGAUUGCUCUCAAAUUAUAGCGGAGACUUAUUUUACAUUAAUGAGAAUAAUGAAGCCAUGCCACUAAAUAUUAACAUCAAAGAUGUCGUCAAUAAUUCGCCCUUCAAAUCGCCUCUUUUUCCUAAUAUCGUGUUUAUGGGUUCCAGACACUCCAGCAUCGUUAACUUGGAUUAUGACACAGGGGAGCUCAUAAAAAAAUACGACGAAAGUUUGGAAGAUCUUCUCGUAAAAAAAGAAAAGAAAACGAUACCCAACAGGAACAGGGAGUUUGUUAAGAGCAACUCCACCAGAAUGCACGACGAACUACUGCAAAAUGAGCAUACGGCGGAGUGGAGUGAUGUGCACGGGCCCGCCAAUGGGAGAGGCGGACCUGGGGUGAAAGGUCCGUGGGGGGAGGCUCAACCUGGGCGGACUCACGCGGAUGAUGAUUAUGAUGGCGAUCAGGAAGAUGAGCCUGAUGAUGAGCAUGAUGAUGACCAUGAUGAUGACCAUGAUGACAACCACGAUGAUAAUCACGAUGACAACCCUCGCUACGCCGAAAGCAGUGCAAGCGGUGACGAAGCCCCCCCGGGCGAAUACCAAAAUGACGCCAUAAGGGACGAAGUAGUAGUAGGAACGGAACGCCAUAAGUGUAGCAUCAUCAAUGUUAGCCACGGAGGCAAAAUCACUAAGCCACUUUUGGGCCAUAAAGAAGGCAGCGAACUGCUGCACUCGGCCGAUGCACUAAAUGAAUACAUCGAGGAAAACGAGUUUUACAGAUACACAUCAAAAAGUAAGUAUAGCAUUGCUGAAAAGUAUGAUGAGAAAAAAAUCCGGGGGAAGGGGAAGUACACCUUGAAGGUUUUGCGAAAGAAUCCACAGGAAAGGAAAAAGGUUGUAAUCAAAAAGCUCCUCAUGAGUCUGAACAGAACCAGUUCGCUAAGUAGAUACCCUCAUAGUAGUAACCUUCUGGACAUUACAAGAAUGAGAAAUAGGAGAAGAAAAAAAAAAAAAAAAAAAAAGAGAAGAAAAAGAGGAAGAAGAAAAACGGAGAAGAGACAACUACAAAUAAGUAUAGUUAAGUGGAUUAUAAAAGCUGUUGAUGAAAAAUCGCUGAAACAAAAAUGGAUAACCACUUGGAUCGACGUUGGAUCUAUUUUCAUAACGGACAGUCACAAGCAAGAUCCGACAUUCAUCAAUUCGCUUAUCGAAAUUGUAGGGAACAAGCUGAUACUGCGCCCGAUGGAAAUGGACAAAAUGAGCAAGGCGUACAGCAUUGAGAAGAACGUACAUAGUGAGCCCGAGGAGGGCGACGACAUCGUGCAGAGGAAUGAUGACCACAGGGUGGAGAGCGCUGUGCCGAUUGAUGUGAUGGUCGAUGAGAUUCACCAUUACAGGCCCGAUGAACCAAUCGAUCGCCGAAGCCCAGUGCGGAAGCGAAUGAACCAAGAGGGCUCAAAUGUAAAGUCCAAAAUUUUUAUUUUCUCCGAGGCAGUGUCCUCCGUUUUUGCGCUCAGGUAUAAGCAUGCAUCGAACAUUUUCACCCUAGACGUGAUAAUGAAGCAGAAUAGCAAAAUGUUCCCGGGGUAUGAUAAUGUAAAGGGCUUUAGCUACAAUGCCUUAAAUUUUAAGAAGGAAAAUACGCUCUUUCUACCGUUUUCGUCUAGCGAUUCUGUAAAGAACAAUGAUGAGACAACCUUUUGCAAUUUUUAUGCAAAUAUAAAUUAUGGGAAGAAAUUAUUGCACAGAUUGAAUAACAUAUCGGUGAGCAUAACUUCAAUCGAGAAGGAGAUACGGUACCUUCUGUCCAACAUAAUUUUUGUGUAUGAUAGGAAUAAAAAGAUACCUAUAAAUUAUAUAUACAAGAUGAAGGGGCUGAUACGCGAGUAUCAGAAGACCAAGGAGCAGUUUUUGCUUUAUUUGCCCGGCGUGGAUAGUAGGAGGCACCUGAAUUACGCGCAUUACAGCGACCUAGAUAGAGGAAGCUACAGAAGUGUUCCUAGCGGCGGUUACGGUAGCAUUUCUGGCGGAAGUUUCAGCGGCGGCUUUAGCGACAGUUUUAGCAGCAAUUUUAGUGGCAGUCUUAGCGACCGAUUUAGCGGAAGCCUCGGUGGAAGCCAUGGGACUGGACGGGGAGGGGGGCGGCGACCCAUCCACAUUUGUGAAUACAUAAAUAAAUUUAUCGACAUGUAUUUUGAAGAAAACGAAAUAUGCUUCGACUACUGUUCCAUGCUGAACAUAUGGGACAAAAUAUUUAACAACUACAUCAGUCAGGACGACUGCUUGUUAUUGUCCAACCUGUACAGAGUGAUACAAAACGCAUUCGCUUUCAACAACCGAGAUUUUAACCUUUCAAAUGAUGAUGCAGACUACAUGAUAUCAGAUAAUGCGAAUUUUCUGGUAAAAAGGAGAAAAAAGAACUUUGCCUAUUCACGAAACCAAGAGCUGAAAGAAGUGUCAACGUUGAAGUACAAGAAGGGGUGGUACUGGAAUAUGUUCUAUGCCAUUAUGCUCAUAUUUGUAGUUCCCUUUGUGUUUAUCUACAGAAUGUUUAAGAAAAAAAAAAACAAUAACACUAGCAGUAGUAAGGUAAUUAUGAAAAAGAAAAAGUUGAAAGAUUAUGAUGACUAUGUGAGGGAUCAGGAUCUACUAAAGUUAAGAUAUCGCCUGCUACAUGACGAGCGUGUAAGGCUGAAAAAUUCCUUAGGGAAAGAUAAUUACGGCGAUUUAACCCCAAUGGAAUUAAACAUUCACAUGAAAAGGGAGAUAGCGAAUAAGUUGAAAGAGCUAGAGGAGCAGCCAUGCCUAAUUGACAUUCUAGCGAAACAUGCCAGAGACUCCGAUAGUGAUAGCAAAUUUUAUGAUAUCAAUGAAGGGAAGUAUAACUUGGAUUCACAGAGCUACUGGGGUGGAUCUUCAAAAUAUAGCUUGCCUAACAUGUCCAUCAUGAAUAUGAGCAGAAGCAAAUCGAGAGAAACCAUAAAAUCAGAUAUCAUCGAAUCGAAUAUGUUUUAUAUGUAUAGAAGAAGAGCUGCUUCGCAAGAUGUUACUGAUAAACAGUCCUUCGUAGUAAAAAAAAGGAUUAGAAGCAGCUACAAAUUGGGGAACAGGUAUCACAAGAAGAACUACACCGAUAAUGAGAAAGACAGAAAACAUAACCAUUUGAAGGAAAAACACAUAAACGAAAAAGAUUUUGAUAAGAGUGAUUUUAUAAAUUUCCUUACCAACUUUAAUAAAAAAUUUAUGAAAAAGAACUCUCUAGUAGACCAUCUUCUCAAAAUGAACAAAACGGUAGCAGUAGUGGGCUCCAAAACGGACGAGCAUACCUACAGUAACAGCAGUAAGGAGUACCUCACACAUUCGGACCAUUCCAACAAGGAUGAAAAUAGCCAAGCUGAACAUAUGAGCAGUUUAGGCAAAAAACUCGCAGGGAGGAAACAUGUUAAUGAAGACAAUAAAACGAAUGAGGAGAAAAAAAAUAAAAACAAAUACACCAAGCAUGCCGAUAAUGGCAAUGACUAUCUUGUAAACACGAAUAAGCAGAGCACCCCAAUGAAGGGCAAAUUGGGCAACGUUGCAAAUAAUAAUGAAAUCAUAAAUAAUAGAAGUCCCAGUGCACGAAAUUUAUCUAUAAUUCAAAGAUCGCACAUUCCGUAUGAUGCUCCACUGGCGGAUUUUUUAGAAAAUGGACGAUUUAUGAGAACAUUCGAAAAUAUUUCCCUCAUUGGUCAGGGUGGAUUUGGCUCCGUGUACAAGGUGUCGCAUCGUCUCGAACCGGGGUCUCCAACCUAUGCUGUAAAAUUUAUUUACCUAAAAGUGAGUUCGUUGGAUAAUGUGAGCUCCAGAAGGUACUUUCGCGAAAUUGCAGCUAAUAGAGAUAUCUACAGUAAGCAUGUUGUCCGGUACUACACCUGGUGGUGUGAAGAGCCGCAGUUUCUCCCCAUGCAUGUCAUGCCCAAGGAAAUAUAUAACUUAGUUAAGAAUAACAAAGAUUCUUUUAAAAAAAUGUACAGUAAAAAUAAACAAAGCGAUAAUCUUCUUAGCUAUGAAAAGUUAUCAUCUUGGGAAAAGAAAAAAAGGGAUUUAAAAAAUUUUAAAAAGGUUAUAAAGAAGAGGAAUGAACGGAGCUUAACUUUUUACAGUGACAAUGAUGGACUGAAUUCCAAAAGAAAUGAAAACAGGAGUAAAAAAAGAUUUCUAAGCGACAAAAACUUUUCUGAUAAUGUCUACACCAAUACCAAUGCUAAGAAUAAGAAGAAGAACAGGAAAAAGAAGAAGAAAAAAAUUAUAUACCGAGAAAGACAAAAUGAGGAUCGGAAUGGACGAAAUGAGAGGCAGUCCACUGCGCAGGACAAGUUUAACCCUGCCUCCUUCAACUCAAGUUUUCAAGAGUACGAUCCCUUUGGCUGUGGCUAUCUAAGUGAGGAAGAUAGAGACUUGGUAGUUUUCGCAGACAAUGACGAACCGAGCGUACACAUUGAGGAGGUAGCCCCGGUUGGGAAGACGUCUCAGCCUAGUAAUCGCACCAAUGACGCGCUGAACCAUAAUGAUCCACCGUCCGGCAAGCAACAAGUGGGUGUAACUCCAAGCGCUCAGGGCGACGAAGAAGAUAAAGCAAAACAUGAGCAGCCGGAACCACCACAACGCGCGGAGACCAGCCAGCAAAGCAACAAGGAUUACGACGCAUCAGACAAAGAUCUACAGACACGAGGGGAAGAAACACAUCCAACCAAGAGCCCCAAAAUAGAGAACAUAUUAAUAACCAGCGCCAAGAAAAAAUAUACUGAAGUGGAAAACGGUAUGAAUAAAAGGGAAAACUGCAAGGAACAGGAGUCUCUUGCCAGGAACGAACCAUUCCAGCACAUCCAGAAAGAAGAAAAUAUUAAUAAUAAAAAUAAGGAAAAAAUAAAAAAUGAAGGAAAUGUAGAAAAGGCAAAAAAGGAAGAAAAGCAAAAAAAGGAAGAAAAGGAAGCAAAGGAAGAAAGCGAAGAAAACGAAAAAAACGGAAAAAAUGAAAAAAAUGAAGAAUUAGCUAAUAAAGGAAAUGCCGACAAAAUAAAAACUUAUAAGAAAAAAAUUGUGGCGCCAGAAUUUUCCAUCGUACUGCUACUACAAAUGGAGCUCUGCAAGGGCUACACACUACGUAAGUGGCUAGAUAGAUCGACAAGAAGUGAUAAGCCUUUGCAUUUUACCUACCGAGACAAAAAUAUGAAGCACCCGCUAGAAUUUGAUUUGUUUAAGCAGCUAAUUAAAGGGUUGAAGGACAUCCAUUCCACGUGCUUUAUCCACAGAGACCUAAAACCAGAAAAUAUUUUUGUGGAUCCAGAUACAUACACAUUAAAAAUUGGGGAUCUUGGAUUAGUGCGAUUUAUUGAAGAAAAAAAAAGAGAAAAGGAUUUAAACAAUAUAGACACUUUUAAGGAUAACAUCUACACGGAUGUUAACCAUAAUACCAUAACUAGCCAAAUUUCAUUGAAAGGACAAAUUAUAGGCACUCCAGGGUAUACGGCCCCAGAAGGAGGUGCCUUAUGUGAUGAAAAGGCAGACAUAUACAGCGCUGCGCUAAUAUUACUAGAGUUGCUGUGCCCACGAUUUAAUACGAUAAUGGAAAGAUACAAACGAUUAAAUGACUUUAGGAAUUACUAUGCCGUUCCGGAUUAUGUGAAAAUUCAUUUAAAUCCAUGGUACAUUUUGAUGCUACAAAUGUCCAAGCCAAACCCAGCGGAUAGACCUUCGGCUGCAGACUUGUAUAGCAAAAUUAAGGUGCUCUUGGAUCCUCAUUUAACCGACUUUGCCUUCAGUUUCAGUGAUAUUAACAAUGACGACUCGACUUAUUUCCCUCCGGGGGUGGGGCAGAAGUGCCGCAUCUCCGCUGGGGAUGACAAGGUUGAGAAGAAUGGAAGGGAUGAUAGGGAUAAUAUGGAUGGCAAGGACGAUAAUGGAAACAAUUUGAACGGUUACAAAACCACUAGCAACGGCGCCAGCAACACCAAAACAGACAAAAUCCUCUUAAAUAACAACGUUGACGAUAAAAGUUGUUUUAACAAAAACAGCGACAGUCGUAACGGCACAACUAUUGAGAACAAGGGAAGUUCGCUAAAUGGAACGAGCCCCGAUUGGCCCAGUUAA